AUGCUGGAGUUUCUCAACGACCUGGAGGAGGGGGCUGUUCAGCUUGACAGGAUGAAUAAGGGGGCAAAGAUCUCCAGUGUAGUAGGCAGCUCGGUUGGGGCGACUGGAGGUGUGCUCUCCAUUGUUGGCUUGGCUUUAAUUCCUGUGACGGCAGGGGUGUCUGUAGCUCUGACAAUGACGGGGGUUGGUAUGGGAAUCACCAGCGCAGCCAAUAGCCUUGUCACCACCGCCACAGAGAUUGGAGUAAAUAUCUCUCAAAAGAACAAAGCCAGAGAGGUUUUCCAGAAAUUCAUGGAGGAUGUGCACAGUCUCCAGGAAUGUCUGGACAAGGUGACCAGUCAAGCCGAAUUGGAAGACAAUAUCAAAAAAGAGGCUCUGGGAUUUGGCAAGGUUUUUUUGAAAGGCUGUGUUAUUGGAAAAGACAUCCCAGAUAUCGGUCAGGCAGUCGCCAAAGGGCCUCUCGCUCUUUCCAAGGCAGCCAGGGCAGGUUUCAUAGCACUCAAUGCUCUCUUCCUCGGCAUGGAUAUCUUCUUCAUCUGUCAGGGCAGCAUCAGUCUGGCAAAUGGCAGUGAGACCGCCUGCUCAAAAUGGAUCAGGGCCAGAGCUACUCUGUGGAGCUCAGAGAUGGAUUCAUGGAAGGGGAUCCACGACUCCCUGUGUGAGGGCCAGAAACUUCAGAGGAAAAAAAAGCUCUUCUGGAGACACCAUUUUAUCCGGAGAAGAAGUUUUUCUUGGGCCUUAUUGUGUUGGUCAUGUUAG